GUGGUUCGGGCCCGUUUCCUCCCCCGGCCCGGCCCCGGGGAGGGGCGGCGGGGCGGGCGCUAGGCCGCAGGAGCGGAGGGAGCGCGGCGGGCCGGGCCGGGGCCGCGGCCGGGCGGCAGCGAGAGCUCCGCGAUGCCGCUGCUGUUUUUGGAGCGCUUCCCCUGGCCCAGCCUCCGCACCUACACGGCGCUCAGCGCCCUGGCCCUGCUGGGCACCGGCCUCAGCGCCUACCGCGCCCUCAGCCAGGGCCCCGGCGGCGCCCAGCCGGACAGCGAAGCGGCGGACACCGCGUCGGUCGAGCCCCUGCGCCGCGGCGGCCCGCGGGCCCUGGACGUCGCCUACUACCUGUUCUCCGACAGCCUCUGCGUCUGGGUACUAGUGAACACUGCGUGCUGUUUUCUGAUGUUGGUUGCUAAGCUCAUCCAGUGCAUGGUGUUUGGUCCUCUUCGCGUCAGCGAGAGGCAGCAUCUCAAGGAUAAAUUCUGGAAUUUCAUUUUCUACAAGUUCAUCUUCAUUUUUGGUGUGCUGAAUGUUCAGACAGUGGAAGAAGUGGUCAUGUGGUGCCUCUGGUUCUCUGGACUUGUAUUUCUUCAUCUUAUGGUUCAACUCUGCAAGGAUCGAUUUGAAUAUCUUUCCUUUUCUCCUACCACACCCAUGAGCAGCCACAUCAGAGUCCUGACCCUGCUCAUAGCCAUGCUCCUGUCCUGCUGCGGAUUAGCCGUCAUCUGUGGGAUUAUUGGCUACACCCAUGGCAUGCACACGCUGGCUUUCAUGGCAGCAGAGUCUCUUCUUGUGACAGUCAGAACUGCUCAUGUGAUUUUACGAUAUGUAAUUCAUCUGUGGGAUCUCAACCAUGAAGGAACGUGGGAGGGCAAAGGCACUUACGUUUACUACACGGAUUUCAUCAUGGAGCUAACCUUGCUUUCACUGGACUUGAUGCAUCAUAUUCAUAUGCUGCUGUUUGGCAAUAUCUGGUUGUCAAUGGCGAGCCUGGUGAUUUUCAUGCAGCUGCGCUACCUGUUUCACGAGGUUCAAAGAAGAAUUCGGCGGCACAAGAACUACCUGCGCGUGGUUGGAAACAUGGAAGCUCGGUUUGCAGUUGCAACACCGGAGGAGCUGGCAGUCAAUAACGAUGACUGUGCCAUUUGCUGGGACUCCAUGCAAUCCGCACGGAAACUCCCUUGCGGCCACCUCUUCCACAACUCAUGCCUGCGGUCCUGGCUGGAACAAGACACAUCUUGCCCCACCUGCAGAAUGUCUCUUAAUAUCACCGACAGUCACCACGUGCGGGAGGAUCACCAAAGGGAAAAUCUGGAUGAGAACCUGGUCCCCGUGGCAGUAGCGGAAGGCAGACCACGCCUCAACCAGCACAAUCACUUCUUCCACUUUGACGGCUCUCGGAUUGCCAGCUGGCUGCCCAGUUUUUCGGUGGAAGUGAUGCAUACUACAAACAUCCUCGGUAUCACACAAGCCAGCAACUCCCAGCUGAAUGCUAUGGCCCAUCAGAUUCAGGAGAUGUUCCCUCAGGUUCCUUAUCACGUAGUUCUGCAGGAUCUGCAGCUCACCCGGUCCGUAGAGAUCACCACUGACAACAUCCUGGAAGGGCGCGUCCAGGUACCUUUCCCCACACAGCGUGCAGAUAGCAUUAGACCUGCGUUGAACAGUUCUAUGGAUCGGCACAGCACUGAUCAGGAGGACACUGAAACUGUCACUCAGACUGAGCGAGUGCCACUCGAGCUCAACUCAAGACUGGAAGAAAUGGCAGAGUUCAGUGAAAUGGAAGUAGAGCCCAGUGAAGCAGAAGAUUUUGAGGCCAGGGGAAGUCGCUUUUCCAAGUCAGCGGAUGAAAGGCAGCGUAUGUUGGUUCAGCGCAAGGAGGACUUGUUGCAGCAAGCUCGAAAGCGCUAUUUAAACAAAACCUCUGAUGAGGAGCUGGCCACAGAGAAGCCCUCUCCUGCGCCUGAGGGAGCGGCCGCCGAUGCCGUCACGCUGCGCCGCAGGACGCUCGCUGCCGCCGCCGAACGGAGACUCCAGAUGCAGCAGAACUCCUAGCGCUCGUGGCCCCCCCUCCUCCUCGUGAGCAGUGCUGAUAAAUAAAUUAAAUACAACCCCCCCGCGCUUUCUGUACCAGCAGGAAAGUGUCUCUUCAGAGUCCAGCCAGCUGUGCUGCCGAGCGAGCUGGCUGCCUCUCUGCUGUAUAAAGCAUGUGGUCUAAUAAUGUUUGGACAGCUGACAAAUUAACCUUUUUUGUAAUAUUUUCUAUGUGACGUUGAUCCCCUCCACAAGCAAAAGGCAAAUGCUAAACCGCGGGCGUGAUUUCUGCAGGUAGCGUGUGGUACCAGGCCGGCCGCGCAGCAGAGGCCGGGGAAAGUGUGUUCCGAAUUAGCAGCUGUGGGUGCAGGUUGCGGAGGGCACUGGCACGUUCAGCUCGAGGUCAGCGAGAGUUAUUCCAAGAAAGCUUAGAAAUUUGCAGCAAACCCUGCGGCAGAUGAGCAGGCACCCGCUCUGCUGUCCCCGUUCGUGUCGAGAAUAACGGGUGUUACACAGGGCGGUGUGAAGGGCCGGGGUGGCAUCGCUGGAAAGUCCGUUCGCAGACCGGAUGGAUGGAAGUUGUCUGGCUACGUAACGCAGAAAAAAACCCCAACCUAAUUAAUGCAUUUUGUAGCAAAGCGCCGGUUCACAUGAUUCCAGCAUGAAAUAGUUUGUUUACAGCGGCCGGGCCCCUCUGCACUGUCAGACUCUGGCUCUGUUCCCUCACCAGGGGCUGCGUUGUUUUCCUUUGCCUUUUGUGACCAGAAACAAGCACGAGAUUGAGGGGAAUCGAGUGAAGAAGAGGGGGCGUGAGGUGCGUUCCAGCCCCCGCAAUGCAGUGUUACCAUAAACCAAGGGACUAUAAGAGGAAAAACCCGCCUGUUCUGGACUCCGGAGCAACACGGAUGGGACUCCAUGGAGAAAGCUCCGAUAUCUUGCUUUUUAUUUCGUUUUCUUAACCCCACAAUUUCACUGCGAGUUUAUUCAGAGCGCGGGGGCGCCGGGGCCUCGGCUGCAGCCCGGCCCGCCAGCCUCUGGCAUUUUUAAAGGACUUUGACACGAGAUGCACGUGGAGCUGCCGGAGCGAGCUUGUGUAGUUCAGUUUUCCACGGCAAUUACUUAAUUUUUAAACUUCUGAAGAGUGAGUUCUAGUAUUGCUGUCCUUUAGAAGGAACCCAGUGUUAUCUAGAAUUGUUGGUAACUUUUUUUACUGUUGGUUUUUAGGACAUUUGAGGGUGAAUUUAAUGAGAGGAGUUGUAUCUCAAUGUUUAGGUGAAAAUAAUUUAUUUCAAUAAAACUCUUUGGGAAGCCUUACCUUGCAAUGCUAUUAGUAAACUUCAAAGAACUUUUUUUUGAGAUCUUUGGUUUUGCUCAGAGCUGCUUUGUUUUUAUUGUUUAAAAAAAAAUAAACUCUUGGUCAGUGUUGGAAA